CCGGCUGGCAAUUUACCUGCCCCCAUCCAUUAAGUCGCGACCUCUCCCAUCCACGAUACUUUGAUCCCACCAAACAGUCCUUUCGAACAACCCUUCUCGUAUCGCAAUUGCACAUCAGUCGCCAUGGAGAACAUCAAGGAGUUUGCCGAUAUGCCCGCUGAGUUCCUCAAGGAGGGUACUCUUUUCAUGAACCGCUGCACCAAGCCCGACAAGAAGGAGUUCAUCAGGAUAUCGCAAGCCGUCGGAAUCGGUUUCUUGAUCAUGGGCGUCAUUGGCUACGUCGUCAAGCUUGUCCACAUUCCCGUCAACAACAUCCUCGUCGGCGGCUCAUAAAUUAUCACCCCUCACGCCAAAGAGCAUCCAUUUACUUUUCCUUCGGCCAUACGACCGACUCGUUUGCCGUAUCCAUUUUGUAGUUGUGCUUGGCGACUAAGGGCAGAGAAGGCCACAUUACGAGUCUGGACGCUUGGCUAUCGGACAUGACAUAUCUAUGGCAUAGGGCUGUACAAUACCGACAUUGGGUCAGCGGGAGUUUGAUUAUAUCCACAUCUACAUUUUGCAAACUAUACAUCUAAUGUCUGCGUCCUUGAUGCGUGUGUGAGGUGACAAUACAUCACCUCAGUUCGAUUGAUAUAAAGGAACUACAAUAUGCGAAGAUGAGAGAUCCAGUCACGCCAU